ACUUUUUGAACUUGCGCUGUCAUUCUGUGGAGCCGUGACAGGAGGAAAUGCUCACUGGACUGUUGACGUUUGGGACAAUGUGGGCUUCUCAUCCACAGUACUGGUCUGAACCGACUACAUUUUUGUCUGGAUUCCACAAUUUGGAAAAUGGUAGAACCAAACUUCCCUGUAGCUGAAGGGGCUAGGGGGUAGUGGCACGUUGGACUGGAGCUAAUUUAUUUGGGUGAUAAAAAUAUGACCCAUCCAAAUAGAAGAAGUCAAACAAAUCAAGGCUUUUUCCUGAUUUGAAUCUUCAAAUUCAGUAUUUGGGAGUUCACCCAAUCUUUUCUUUCCUCCAUCUUCAUCUUUUCCUGCUGCUCCAGCUCAUCAUCAGAAGAGGUCCCCUAGCCCUGCUCCGUCGCCCUGGGUGAGCGGGCAGGGGGGUGGCCCACAGUACCCCCCGACAUCUGGGCGUCAGCUGGCCGGCGGCGGCUGGUGAGGAGGGGGCAGGGCCUGUGCUGGGAAGAUGGCCGCCCUUGCCAGCUCCCUCAUACGGCAGCGUCGGGAGGUCAAGGACCCCCAGACCAACCGGCAGAUUGCCAGCAAGAGGAAGCCGUGUCCGAAAAGCAACAAGUCACUCUGCCAGAAACAAAUCCUUAUUUUAAUAUCGAAGGUUCGAUUAUGUGGCAGUCGAGGGAGAAAAAUGGAAAAAAGACCAGAGCCGCAGCUGAAGGGCAUCGUCACGCGGCUCUACUGCCGACACGGCUUCUACCUCCAAAUGCUGCCAGACGGAACCAUGGAAGGCACAAAGGACGAAAGCAGCUCCUUCUUGCAGUUCAACUUGAUUCCUGUGGGCCUCAGGAUAGUGGCCAUCCAGAGUACUAAGGCGGGGCUCUACGUGGCCAUGAACAGCGAGGGCUACCUCUACACUUCGGUCUACUGUGGCUGGCAAGCAGCGAAGGAGGGAGAGGAAACGGAGGAUGGAGAGAGCAGAAGGCAAAGUGAGAGAGUGAAGUCCUUAUUCAGGUCUUUUCUGCUCACCCGUCACAUCAAGGCUCCAAAUCAAUCCUGCAAAUUGGUUUGUUCCCCGACAAGGUUACAAAAUGACGGAGGGAUGCGAGUAGAGGGUAUGAAGUGAACAAGGAGAGGCAGAAUGUGGCAUAGAGAGAGGAAACAUGCGAGCAGUAAAUAGAGGAAGGAGGGAGGUAUUUGCGUGGGAUGUCCCGGUGUUGACGUAUUGUCGAAUACAAGCGUGUAAAUGUAUGUGUUUGUGUACUGAAGGCCGAAAGCGGGGUCGCUGGACCAUAGAGGGGAAGAGAUCCAGCUGAUAGUUUGUUUCAGGUAAAGACAUGCGGAUGAAAAAUGGCAUCCUGGCCUCAGAAUCCCACUCCAGUAGCCCUGUCAUAAUGAAAUGUUGGCUCCAUUUCCCCACAUUUCCCUAUUCCAAAUGUGUAAAUUCUUCACUCUUGACCUUUUACUUGUGUGUG